AUCAUACAAACAGUGAAGUCAUCUUGGAACAUGUCGCGACUCGUGCAAGUGUGUAUUGUUGCUAUAUUGAUUGCGUGUCUGCAAAUAAUAUCAGCUGCACCAUGGAUUGACCAUUCGGAUUCGGCCAAAGCAAAAAGGUGGAAGUUUGAACACUCUGAUUGGAAAAGAGAACAGAAACCUGACGUCGAUGGAGGAUUGUCUUUUAUAGACGGAAACUUAUAUUUCACGCCGGCUAAUAAAGACAGCAAGCCACCUACAGUAAUAGAAUCAGACCCACAUAAUAAACUGGCCGGUGGGGUCAACCCCAAUGGUACUAUCGUCGUCGCCGUACGACCUGACCCUGGACCCAACGCGCACUACAAUUUUGAUUUGAAAGACGGGGUAAUAUAUCAUUAAGGGCAAAACACAGUCAUCAGAUUUGAAUCGUAUAUUUGUGAGAUAUUUUCUGUGAAGGACCUGUCAAAAUAUCUCUGUUAUAAAUUUUGUUAUAUG